CACAACCCAAAGGCACGAAAAACGCACAUUGCUCAACGAGUUUCUUAGAUUUUAAAAGUUUUCUCCAUUAAAAUGUCCGAUAAUAUCGAGGAGGGAGCCAUUGGCGGCGAUGUGAACAACAAUAUCACAGGCAAUGGCCAGGAGGAAGUGCAUCCGCCGCAGCAGCCGCAAAACGAACUGCUCGACAUGGUUUUCACGUUGGAAAGCGAAAAGCAGGCGCUGCUAGAGGAGUCCCGCAAGCGAAUUGGGGCACUCCGCAAAGACUUUGAGGAAGCCAAGGUGGAGAAUGAGCGGUUAAAGCGGCGAGUGGUCCAGCUGGAGCAGUCCCUCAAGCAAUCCGUCAUGCUGGGCGGCACAGAUGCACCCAAGUCCCGGCAAGAACAGGAGGAGCUGCUGCUGAAAGCCAAAACAUUGCUGUUCGAGAAGACCAAGGUGAACAAGCAGCAGGAGCAGCAGAUAGCCGUGCUCAAGACCCAGGUGGAGACGGUUAAGGAUGUGCUGCAGGUGACCAAGGACAUGCUGCAGCUGAAGACCGCAGAGUGUGAACACACGCAGGCGCGUCUGGAGAAGAGCCAGCUGUGGAUCAAGGCGGAGCAGGACAAGUGUCUGCUAACGGAAAAGAAACUGCUCAUCUCGAAGGGAGUGUACGACAAGCUGCGUUCGGAAUACGACACCCAGUCCAGGAUAUUCAAGGAUCUAAAGUCUGCGUACGAACAGAAGCUUAAGGUUCUCACCGUGGCCCUGGAGGAAGCCAAAAAGUAGCUGAACAAUUUAAUAAACUACGUUAAUUAAAUGCACACAUUUCGUUUAUAAGUUUAAUAAUUUAA